AUGGUGAAGCAACAGGAACUAAAUUUGAACGUGCCUUUAGAUGCCCAAACGAAACCAACUUUAAGUACCACUAGCUUGAGGCCAGACCUAUCUGAGGCAUCUUUGAACCUACAUGGGGAUUAUUUCAGACAAUUACAGUCAAAAUUGAAUCGUCAUGUUUUCUGGCAUCCUUUUUCAGUUUUAUUCAUUUUGGUAACAACUAUUGGAUAUUUAAUAUUUAAAAUUUAUGACUACAUUGAACUUUCAAAUAGUUUGGGAGACUUUUUUCAAUAUUUGAAGAAGAGCAAUGACAUGAAAUACCAGAUAACGACUAUCUUUCCAAUUUUAGUGAUGACUUUUGGAGUGGUCGGUAUAUCUACCUAUUUGAUCAGCGAUGAAUUUAAGGCAAUUAGUGAUAGCUUGACAGGAAAGGAACAGAUAGAGGAAUUGUACGGAUUUGAUCUAGUCAAAUUUGCAAAAUUGCCGUCCAAAAAUAAGGAAGCUCUUUCACCUAAGGAAUUAAAAUUGCUCAAAAAUGGGGAUAACACUCACAUCAUAACAUAUCGUGAAUCGCCAAUUGCCAUAAUCACAUUAAAACUGUUGCCUGAAAAAUCAACUGCAAGUACUUUCUAUGUUUUAAUUACUUCAUUAAAUGUGCGGAAAGUCUUCGCUAAAGUUGACUUUGAUAAGUUACUACUUGAUUGGGCGGUUUUAAGAUCAAGGCAACUAUUUGAAGAGAAUACAAAGGGAAAAUAUGAUUCAGAAGGCUGCAAAAUCUACAUUACCGCUCAAGCGUACUCCUUCGAUAAAGAUUUUGUUAAAACAUUAAAAAAUAACCAUUUCGGUUUGAUUAAAGAGUCUUACGAGCUUAGUCCGUUUUUAAAUGCUCCUAAGGAAGGCUUACUUACUCAAUCGAUUCAUAAGGCAUUUGGAAUAAAGCGCUAUGUUUAUGGUCUUACGAUUACCACAAAAAGUGCCGACAAUGAUAAGCUUUUAAAUGCUGCAAACAACUCUUCGUUGUUGAAAAAUGGUACGAACAAUAAUAAUUCAAUUAGAAAAAGGAAAUAG